AUGAAUGACAAGUACGAGGCCAGAGGUUUUCUUCUUCUGUGGAUCGUCGUUCGCAUGGGCUGCGGAGGUGGUACAUGCGACUCGGUUCGGGAAAGACGUGGUGGUCGAGGUCAGGAUGACCCGAGACCAAGGCUUCGUGGCUCCCGUGCACGCCGAAGACAUGCUGUGUUCACUUUUACCCACUAUCGAAUGUUGUGCUUCGACCAUGUACUCACUCGACCACCACCUGUUCGAUGGCAUCAUCGCCAAAACGUCGACUCCCUACAGCGAGCGGAUGAAGGUGGUUCUGAAGUGGACGAUACGCUGUCCUUGCAUGAUGGAAAUCUGUCACAAUCAAAGCUCCGACAAUAG